CACUACUCUCAACUCCCAAGCAAACGGAAGAAGAAACAAAGCGUGCCUCUCUCUCUCUCUUAAUCAUUCUCCUCCUCUCUCUAUAAAAAAAAUCAAUACUCAUGGAUCCUUGGGAUAAAACUAACUCAUUAGACCACCACCACCACCGUCGCCAAGAUCAUCGCCAUCCUUCGUUCUCCUCCACUCUCCUCGACCAAAUCUACAACUCCAUCGACUCCUCCUCUCCCUCCGACGUCUCCACGAGGAAGAAGCAAAACCGUGCAGUGGAGAAAAUCGAGAAAAUCCCCGUUAACCGCCGCGCAGUCGCCGGAGAUUCAGUUAGAUCAAGGAAUCUCAAGACCGCUGAGCCAGUUUUCUUCAAGCAUUCGAGCUCCUCCAGCUCCUCAGACUCAAGCGGACUCUCCUCUUCCUCUUCCGACUCCUUCUACAGGCGAUCUCGUUCUCCGCCGGAGAUUCCCCAUCCGAAGCCGAUUCGAACCACCGUCGAGAGACUCGAACGACCUAACGAUAAUAAUAAUAAAGUGAAAUCGAAGGCGUUGAAGAUGUAUAGCGAUUUGAAGAGAGCGAAACAGCCGAUUUCUCCAGGCGGACGUCUCGCCACUUUCCUUAACUCUAUUUUCACCGGAAACGCAAAGAAACCGAAUAAAACCGCCACGUCAUCAUCCACCACUUGCUCCUCAGCUUCUUCCUUCUCCAGAUCUUGCUUGAGUAAAACGCCGUCGUCUAGUGAAAAAUUAAAACGGUCUGUGCGUUUCUGUCCUGUUAACGUCGUCCUCGACGAAGAAGACUCCAAGAAGCGUAGUGGCCACAUUAACAACAACGAAUUGUACGGAAACAACGAGCGUGAGAGCCGAGUCAUGGAGGAGAAUCGUCGCGUGAUUGAAGCAGCCAAGGAACUUAUCAGAACUUACCAGAAGAAUAAAGACGUCGUUAACAUCAUCGGCAAAGAAGAAGAAGAUGAUGAUGAAGACGACGAUGACGAUGGUGCGAGCUGCGCGAGCUCCGAUCUGUUCGAAUUGGAUCAUCUAUCGGUGAUUGGAAUCGGUAGUUAUCGAGAAGAGCUUCCCGUCUACGAGACGACUCGUUUUAACACGAACCGUAUAGUCUCCAGAUGAUAACUAUUCUCCAAUUAUGUAUAACUAAUUGCGUAGUUUCCUAAUGUAGUAACUACUUACUGGUUUAAGGGUGGAUUAAUUGGUUUUGGAUUAUACAGUUGUCUGAGUGAUGCUAUUUGCAUGCCGUGUUGUUUGAUCGCGUUAAAUUGCCACGCCGAACAUUCUUAUU